ACCCGUCGUCCUCGCGCCUGCCCGGGGAGCGCGGAGAGGGAGCCGGGGCCGGCGCCGCCGUCGGGGCUCCGGGGACCGGCGGCCAGGGCGCGGUCUGGGCGCGGCGGGGUCAUGGAGCUGUGGCCGUGGGUGACCGCGGCGCUGCUGCUGCUGCUGCUGCUUGUGCAGCUGAGCCGCUCCGUCAGGUUCUACAGCAGGAUCACUCUGUACUGCGCGCUCUGCGUCCUGGCCUCCACCGCCGCCUCGGUCGUCUGCCUGCUGCGCCACGGCGGCCGGAGCGUGGAAAACAUGAGGAUCAUCCAAUGGUUUGUCCUGAGCUUCAAGUAUGUAUUUGGCCUUCGUUUCGAGAUAAAGGGUCGCCAGAAGCUGGAGUUGGACCACCCCUGUGUCAUCAUUUCUAACCACCAGAGCAUCCUGGACAUGAUGGGCCUUAUGGAGGCCCUACCCGAGCGCUGUGUGCAGAUCGCCAAGCGGGAGCUGCUCUUCUUGGGGCCUGUGGGCCUGAUUAUGUACCUCGGGGGCAUCUUCUUCAUCAACCGGCAGCACUCCAGGACCGCUGUCACCGUGAUGGCCGAUGUAGGCGAGCGCAUGGUCAGGGAGAAUCUCAAAGUAUGGAUCUAUCCUGAGGGCACACGGAAUGACAAUGGAGACCUGCUACCUUUCAAGAAAGGUGCCUUCUACCUGGCCAUCCAGACCCAGGUGCCUAUCAUCCCCAUCGUCUACUCCAGCUUCUCCUCCUUCUACAACCCCAAGACGAAGCUCUUCAGCUCAGGAACAAUCAGGGUGGAGGUGCUGGAUGCCAUCCCCACCAGCGGCCUCACAGUCGCAGACGUCCCCAAGCUUAUGGACACCUGCCACCAGGCCAUGAGGACCACGUUCUUCCGCAUAUCCAAGAUCGCCCAGGAGAAUGGGGCCACUGCGAGGCAGGGCUCCUAGGCAGCCCAGUAGCCGAGGCCUGGCUGAGGCAGGGCCUGGCUAGAGAUGGGACAGAGGAACCUCCUCCCUGCCCUGACAGCUGAACAUCACUGUGUCCUACUGCUGAAGGUCCCCCAGCUUUCCUCUGGGCCCCGGAUGCAGGUCCUGUCCCUGGUCCUGACGUCCCCCAGAGGAAAGUCUGGAGCCUUCCCCAGAAGCCCAUCCUCAUGCCUCAGGGACCCGGGAGCAGGCCUGGGGCCCAGUGGGGCUGGCGGAGCAGGGCUAAACUACAUGGCCUGGGGCCUCCGGACGAUUGGCCAGAGUCUGGGCCUGCAGGCUGCAUGGCCAGCCCCGGCCCUUGGGGAGAAGUGGGACUCUGGAGGUGAGGGGCACACAUCAGUCUUGUGCAACCUGGACCUCAGGGGAGCCUGGGAGCAAGCCUGCCAGACACUGCACUCCGUCCGUGUUUUUUAAUAAAUGAAGUCUCCGAGUGC